GUCAUCACCGGUUGGAAAGACAUGUCUGAAACCAGAGUGAAUUAAAUAAAUAAUCACCGAUCUUUUGGGAUCAACGAUUCAGGAUUGCUUGUCGGUUUAUUUCACACGUGUUCGCAGCCUGCCAACGUGGUGACAGUCCAGCCAUGGCACAGCAGGAUGCGCCUGCCAAUAAGGCUGCUGCCCCGAACCUUGCUGCGCUGCACUCCAACUUCAUCAUCGGCUCUGUGUCGGAGGAGAACUCUGAGGAUGAGAUCCUGGGAAAGCCAGACCUGACGCUGGGACUGGAGGAGAAGGAGCGCUCCAUAUCCCCCACCUCUAGCCUCAGCUCAGAGAACAGCACCUAUGAGAUGGGCUUUGACCACAUCGACGGGCCCCACAUGAGUAAUUUCAGUUCUUCACACAGACCGAGCAUGUCUGGGCUGCACCUGGUCAAGCAGGGCCGAGACCGGCGUCGCAUGGACCUGCAGAGAGAUUUCACCGUGGCCUCCCCCGCCGAGUUUGUUACCCGCUUUGGUGGGAAUAAGGUCAUCGAGAAGGUCCUCAUUGCCAACAACGGCAUCGCAGCAGUCAAAUGCAUGCGCUCCAUCCGCCGCUGGGCUUACGAGAUGUUCCGCAACGAGCGCGCCAUCCGCUUUGUCGUCAUGGUAACCCCUGAGGACCUGAAGGCCAACGCAGAGUAUAUAAAGAUGGCCGACCACUAUGUGCCUGUGCCAGGAGGGACCAAUAACAACAACUACGCCAACGUGGAGCUCAUUCUGGACAUUGCCAAGCGUAUACCUGUGCAGGCUGUAUGGGCUGGGUGGGGCCACGCCUCAGAGAAUCCCAAACUGCCAGAGCUGCUCAUGAAGAAUGGCAUUGCCUUCAUGGGUCCUCCUAGCCAGGCCAUGUGGGCACUAGGGGACAAGAUCGCCUCAUCCAUCGUGGCUCAGACAGCUGGCAUCCCAACCCUGCCCUGGAGUGGAUCAGGGCUAACAGUAGAGUGGACAGAGAGUGACCAGAAGAAGAGGAUCAUCAACGUUCCCCCGGAUCUGUAUGAGCUGGGUUGCAUCUAUGAUGUGGAGGCAGGACUGAAGGCUGCAGAGGUGGUGGGCUACCCUGUGAUGGUGAAGGCCUCAGAGGGAGGUGGAGGAAAGGGCAUCCGCAAAGUCAACUGUGCUGAUGACUUCCCCAACCUCUUCAGACAGGUUCAGACAGAAGUUCCGGGCUCACCCAUCUUCGUGAUGCAGCUGGCCAAACACGCUCGUCACCUGGAGGUUCAGCUCCUGGCCGACCAGUACGGCAAUGCCAUCUCCCUGUUCGGCAGGGACUGCUCCGUACAGCGGCGACACCAGAAGAUCAUUGAGGAAGCGCCUGCCACCAUCUCCACCUCAGACGUGUUUGAGGACAUGGAGAGGUGUGCAGUGAAGCUUGCUAAGAUGGUGGGCUAUGUCAGUGCUGGCACAGUGGAGUAUCUCUACAGCCAAGAUGGCAGCUUCUACUUCCUAGAACUCAACCCUCGUCUGCAGGUAGAACACCCCUGCACUGAGAUGGUGGCCGACGUCAACCUGCCUGCUGCACAGCUGCAGAUUUCCAUGGGGAUCCCCCUGCACCGUAUCAAGGACAUCAGAUUGAUGUAUGGGGUCCAGCCCUGGGGAGACUCUAUGAUUGACUUUGAGGGUCUGUCCACGGCCCCCUCCCCACGGGGACACGUCAUCGCUGCCCGCAUCACCAGUGAGAACCCUGAUGAGGGUUUCAAGCCGAGCUCAGGCACGGUGCAGGAGCUGAACUUCCGCAGUAACAAGAACGUGUGGGGAUACUUCAGUGUGGCAGCGGCCGGGGGCCUGCAUGAGUUUGCCGACUCCCAGUUUGGCCACUGCUUCUCCUGGGGAGAGAACCGAGAGGAGGCCAUCUCUAAUAUGGUGGUGGCCCUGAAGGAGCUGUCGAUCAGAGGAGACUUCAGGACCACAGUGGAGUACCUCAUCAAGCUGCUGGAGACGGAGAGCUUCCAGCACAACACCAUCGACACAGGCUGGCUGGACAGACUCAUCUCAGAGAAGAUGCAGGCGGAGCGUCCUGACACCAUGCUGGGCAUAGUGAGCGGGGCUCUCCACGUGGCUGACGUCAACCUGAGGAACAGUGUCUCCAACUUCCUGCACUCUCUAGAAAGAGGCCAGGUGCUGCCCGCGCACACUCUUCUCAACACAGUUGAUGUGGAGUUGAUCUAUGAGGGUACUAAGUAUUGUCUGAAGGUGACACGUCAGUCCCCCAACUCCUAUGUGGUCAUCAUGAACAACACCUCAGCAGAGGUGGACGUCCAUCGCCUCAGCGACGGGGGCCUGUUGCUCUCCUACGACGGCAGCAGCUACACCACCUACAUGAAGGAGGAGGUGGACAGGUACCGUAUCACCAUUGGGAACAAGACGUGUGUGUUUGAAAAGGAGAAUGACCCGUCGCUGCUUCGCUCACCCUCAGCAGGGAAACUCAUCCAGUACUCCGUGGAGGACGGGGGGCACGUGUUCUCUGGCCAGUGUUACGCUGAGAUAGAGGUGAUGAAGAUGGUGAUGACGCUGACUGCGGUGGAGUCGGGCUGUAUCCACUAUGUGAAGAGGGCUGGUGCCGUGCUGGAGCCUGGCUGUGUCAUCGCCAAGCUGCAGCUAGAUGACCCUAGCAGAGUCCAACAGGCGGAGCUGUACUACGGGGCCCUGCCCAUCAUCCAGGCGGUGGCGUUGAGAGGAGAGAAGCUCCACAGGGUCUUCCACAGCACACUGGACCACCUGGUGCACAUCAUGAAUGGCUUCUGCCUGCCUGAACUCUUUUUCGGUGGAAAGCUAAAGGAGUGGGUGGAGAGGCUGAUGAAGACUCUUCGGGACCCCUCCCUGCCUCUGUUGGAGCUGCAGGACAUCAUGACCAGUGUGUCAGGCCGGAUCCCCCUCGCUGUAGAGAAGUGCAUCAAGAAGGAGAUGGCGCAGUAUGCCAGCAACAUUACCUCUGUGCUCUGCCAGUUCCCCAGCCAGCAGAUUGCCAACAUCCUGGACAGUCAUGCUGCCACUCUGAACAGGAAGUCAGAAAGAGAGGUGUUCUUCAUGAACACUCAGAGCAUCGUACAGCUGGUGCAAAGGUACCGCAGUGGCAUCCGCGGUCACAUGAAGGCCGUGGUGAUGGACCUGCUUAGACAGUACCUCAAAGUAGAGGUCCAGUUCCAGAAUGGACACUACGACAAGUGUGUGUUCACACUGCGUGAGGAGAACAAGGGAGACAUGGCCAACGUGUUAAACUACAUCUUCUCGCACGCCCAGGUCACUAAGAAGAACCUCCUGGUCACCAUGCUCAUUGACCAGCUGUGUGGUCGUGACCCCACCCUGACUGACGAGCUGAUGGCCAUUCUGACGGAGUUCACCCAGCUCAGCAAGACCACCAACGCCAAGGUGGCACUGCGCGCCCGCCAGGUGCUGAUUGCAUCUCACCUCCCCUCCUACGAGCUCCGCCACAACCAGGUGGAGUCCAUCUUCCUCUCUGCCAUCGACAUGUAUGGACACCAGUUCUGCAUCGAGAACCUGCAGAAACUGAUCCUGUCCGAGACGUCCAUCUUUGAUGUGCUGCCUAACUUCUUCUACCACAGUAACCAGGUGGUCAGGAUGGCUGCUCUGGAGGUGUACGUACGUAGAGCCUACAUCGCCUACGAGCUCAACAGCGUCCAACACAGACAGCUGAAGGACAACACCUGCAUCGUAGAGUUCCAGUUCAUGCUGCCUACCUCCCACCCCAACAGAGGGAACAUCCCAACUCUAAACAGGAUGUCGUUCUCGUCUAACCUGAACCACUACGGCAUGGUCCACGUGGGCAGUGUGAGCGACGUCCUCCUGGACACCUCCUUUACCCCACCCUGCCAGCGCAUGGGAGCCAUGGUCUCCUUCCGCUCCUUCCAGGAGUUCACCAGGAACAUUAAAGACGUGAUGAGCUGUUUCUCUGACUCUCCUCCUCCCAGCCCCACCUUCCCAGAGGGAGGGAACCCUGUGCUCUAUGGAGAGGAGGACACCAAGAGUAUCCAAGACGAGCCCGUUCACAUUCUCAACGUGGCCAUCAAGACUGACAGUGACAUCGAUGACGACGGCCUGGCUGCCAUGUUCCGGGAGUUCACCCAGACAAAGAAAUCCCUGCUGUUUGAACAUGGCAUCCGCAGGCUGACCUUCCUGGUAGCUCAGAAGGAUUUCAGGAAGGCAGUCAACUGUGAGGUGGACCAGAGGUUUCAUAGGGAGUUCCCCAAGUUCUUCACCUUCCGGUCCAGAGACAAGUUUGAGGAGGACAGGAUCUACCGUCACUUGGAGCCAGCGCUGGCCUUCCAGCUGGAGCUCAACCGCAUGCGUAACUUUGCUCUGACCGCCAUCCCCUGUGCCAACCACAAGAUGCACCUGUACCUGGGCGCUGCCCGCGUGGAGGUGGGAACAGAGGUCACCGACUACCGCUUCUUUGUCCGGGCCAUCAUCCGUCACUCAGACCUGGUCACCAAGGAGGCGUCUUUUGAGUACCUCCACAACGAGGCAGAGCGUCUGCUGUUGGAGGCCAUGGACGAGCUGGAGGUGGCCUUCAACAACACCACCGUACGAACUGACUGCAACCACAUCUUCCUCAACUUUGUUCCCACCGUCAUCAUGGACCCCUCCAAGAUUGAGGAGUCAGUGCGCUCCAUGGUGAUGCGUUACGGCAGUAGGCUGUGGAAGCUCCGGGUCCUCCAGGCGGAGCUGAAGAUCAACAUCCGGCUGACGCCCACGGGCAAACAGAUCCCCAUCCGCCUGUUCCUCACCAACGAGUCAGGCUACUACCUGGACAUCAGCCUGUACAAGGAGGUCACCGACUCCCGUACAGGACAGGUGGGGCCCAAAGACCGACAGAUCAUGUUCCAGGCUUAUGGGGACAAGCAGGGUCCUCUGCAUGGCAUGCUCAUCAACACCCCCUAUGUGACCAAGGACCUGCUGCAGUCCAAACGCUUCCAGGCCCAGUCCCUGGGAACCACCUACGUCUACGACUUCCCUGAGAUGGUCAGACAGGCUCUAAAGAAGCUGUGGCAGUCCACCCAAGCCUUCGCCCACCUGCCCAAAUGCCCUCUGCCCUCUGAGCUGCUCACCUUCACAGAGCUGGUCCUGGACCCACAGGGACAGCUGGUGCAGAUGAACCGUCUACCAGGAGGGAACGAGAUUGGCAUGGUGGCCUGGCGGAUGACCCUCAGGACCCCAGAGUACCCGGCAGGGCGUGAGAUUAUUGUGAUCAGUAAUGACAUCACACACAAGAUUGGUUCGUUUGGCCCGCAGGAGGACCUGCUGUUCCUACAGGCCUCAGAGAUGUCCAGGGAGAGUGGCAUCCCUCGCAUCUACAUCUCUGCCAACAGUGGUGCCCGCAUCGGCCUGGCAGAAGAGAUCAGACACAUGUUCCAUGUGGCCUGGCAGGACACGGCAGACCCCUACAAGGGCUUCAAGUACCUGUACCUGACCCCUCAGGACUACAAGAAGGUGUCAGCCCUGAAUUCGGUUUACUGUGAACACAUAGAGGACGAGGGAGAGUCCAGGUACAAGAUCACUGACAUCAUUGGGAAGGAUGAUGGUCUGGGGGUGGAGAACCUGAAGGGCUCCGGGAUGAUCGCUGGAGAGUCCUCUCUGGCCUACGACCAGGUCAUCACCAUGAACCUGGUAACGUGUCGAGCUAUAGGGAUCGGAGCCUACCUGGUCAGGCUGGGUCAGAGGACCAUCCAGGUGGAAAACUCCCACAUCAUUCUUACUGGGGCUGGAGCUCUCAACAAGGUGCUGGGUAGAGAGGUGUACACCUCCAACAACCAGCUGGGUGGGAUUCAGAUCAUGCACAACAACGGUGUGACCCACAGCACUGUGUGUGAUGACUUUGAGGGAGUCCACAUGCUACUGCACUGGCUCUCCUACAUGCCCAAGGACCGAUCUAGUUCUGUGCCCAUCAUCAAUGCCAAGGACCCCAUAGACCGGCUGGUGGAGUUUAUUCCCACCAAGGCCCCCUAUGACCCCCGCUGGAUGCUGGCAGGACGCCCCAGCCAGACUCCAAAGGGGCCGUGGCAGAGUGGGUUCUUCGAUCAUGGCUCGUUCUCAGAGAUCAUGCAGCCGUGGGCUCAGAGUGUGGUGGUGGGCAGAGCCAGGCUGGGUGGCAUCCCUACUGGAGUGGUUGCUGUGGAAACCAGAUCAGUGGAGCUGUCAAUCCCAGCCGAUCCAGCAAACCUGGACUCUGAAGCCAAGAUCAUCCAGCAGGCAGGCCAGGUGUGGUUCCCUGACUCAGCGUUUAAGACAGCGCAGGCCAUCAAGGAUCUGAACCGCGAGGGCCUCCCUCUCAUGGUGUUCGCCAACUGGAGGGGCUUCUCUGGAGGCAUGAAAGAUAUGUAUGACCAGGUGCUGAAGUUUGGGGCCUACAUCGUGGAUGGGCUGAGGGAGUACCGCCAGCCUGUUCUGGUGUACAUCCCUCCCCAGGCUGAGCUGAGAGGGGGGUCCUGGGUGGUCAUAGACCCCACCAUCAACCCCCGCCACAUGGAGAUGUAUGCUGACAAAGACAGUCGUGGUGGAGUGUUGGAGCCAGAGGGGACGGUAGAGAUCAAGUUUAGGAAGAAGGACCUGGUGAAGACCAUGAGGAGGGUGGACCCUGUCUACUUGGGCCUGGCAGAGAGACUGGGUACCCCAGAGCUGGGCCUGCCAGAGAGGAAGGAGCUGGAGACCAAACUGAAGGAGCGGGAGGAGUUCCUGUUACCCAUCUACCACCAGGUGGCCGUGCAGUUCGCAGACCUCCACGACACCCCGGGACGCAUGCAGGAGAAGGGCGUCAUCACGGACAUCCUGGAGUGGCGGACAUCACGUCACUUCUUCUACUGGCGUCUGAGGCGUCUGCUGCUGGAGGACACAGUCAAGAUGAAGAUCCAGGUGGCCAACAGUGAGCUGACCGAUGGACAGAUCCAGGCCAUGCUGAGACGCUGGUUCGUAGAGGCUGAGGGGACCGUCAAGGCUUAUCUGUGGGACAGCAAUGAGGAGGUAGUGGAGUGGCUGGAGAAGCAGCUGAAGGAGGAGGAGGGGGCCAGGUCUGUCAUCGACGAGAACAUCAAGUACAUCCGCAGGGACCACAUCCUCAAGCAGAUCCGCAGCCUGGUCCAAGCAAACCCUGAGGUUGCCAUGGAUUCCAUUGUGCACAUGACGCAGCACAUCUCCCCUACACAGCGUGCUGAGGUGGUCCGCAUCCUGUCCACCAUGGAUGCUGCCCCGGCCACCACCUAGAGGGCCCCACUCUCUUAGGUGCACUGCACCUGUGGAGGAACUGUGCCGGAAACUGGGGCAGGAGGAGCCAGCAUGGCAGCCCAAGGAGGCUGUGCUGUUACUGAUGAAACUGUUGGCAAUGAUUCUGGAGGGAGGGGGGAGAGCUGAAACACAGGGUAAUGCAUUUAUUUACAUGUCUGAUGUCCAGGGUAAUGCAUUCACAUGUCUUACAGAAUGUGUUAGUUGUGAUAUAUCUAUGUGCAAAAAUGAUAGACAAAGCCAAGACCAGAAACUAUAUACUGUAUAACUAACAUGAAUGAGGGCAAGCUUGGGGACCGCACAAUUGGCCAAGGUGGAAGCAGCUCUUCAUUUGCGAUCAUAACGAGCCUCUGUCCUAUUGGACAGGAAAACAUGCAUUGGGUGUUCGGAGUGUUUUGAUGGCGAUCUUGACAAAAUUGCAGCAGAUUGCUGGGAGGGUUCACGAGGGUGGGGGGUUAGCACACCUUUGCACAGAGCACUUAAUUACUGAUAAAACCCAGGGUAGGGAGUGGAGCGUGGCAUUGUGAUGGGGAUAGCGGGUCGCUCUGCCCUGGGCCUGGAGAGAAGAGCCCAGCAGGAGGCAGGAAGAGGGAUCUAUUCAGACCCAACCACCCCACACUGGCCCUGGGGUGAGCUAUGGGCAGGCAGGCAGGCACACCCGCUGAUGCAGAUAGAAUAGCAGCUGUCACCUCUCUCACACUGCUCUGAAUGCACCUUACUGUUCUAUUACUUACAUAAGGCUUCAGUUCAGCACAGCUUGCUCUAUAUUAUACUAAAAGACUGACACAAGCAAACACUAUUAAUGGUAAUUGGUGCCAUAACGGUUGAGAAUUAUGUUUUUUCCUCCCAUGGGGUAUAUUUUUGCCAAUUAUUGUGUAAGAAAAUAUAUUAAACAUUUAGGUGACUAAUUUAUUAAAUGGCAAUCAUGUUAAAGAGAACUAGGUGGUGUACACUGGAAUUAUAAAUUCAGUAUUACAAAAGGUGUGCUUCUAAAAUGUUCUGUUAAUUUUAGUUAAUUAUGUUGAAGUUACUUUUAAUUUGUGACGUUCUUUACAUUAAACGUCUUCAUUCCUUUCAAUAUUGACUUUCCAAAGAGUAAAUGGGUCGUCACUAGUUAGCACAGCCAAAAAGUCAUUAUGGCUAAACCCUGCCUAUUUUUACAAGUUUUAACCACAUGCCUAACCUUAAACGAAGACCAAAAAGAUAAUGUGUGUCAUACAUUUUUACAAUAUAGCCCAUUUUGACUUUGUGGCUGUGGUAACUAGUGACAGAGAAAAUGAUAGUAUUGUGUAAACUUGGUUACGCUCAUUGAGGAACAGGGAUGGAUCGAGGAAACUGUAGUCUCUUCAUGGCAAAGUGAUGGCGGCCUAGCUGCUGGAGAGCCUCAGAAAUUUUACAUAAUACUUGAUUCAAUGUAAGGGGAAAAAAUGUAUUUUGCCUAGCUGAAAGAGGCAAGAAUUGGCAAUGUAGGAUGACUUCAUGCACAGUGCUAAUCUUAAAUUCUAUUUGUCUAAUAUUGCUGGUAGUCCUGUUACUAACGAGGUGAUUGGCUGUUUGUCUGAAUGAGGAAGGUGAAUGUGUUUACUGUAGUGAACUCGAUUUACCUCAGUUCAAAUGUAAUAAAGUAAACUUAACUUA